ACCGACCCUGCCUUCAAUUAGGAUUCCAUAGAGGAGCUGGAGGCAGGAGAAUGGGGUGUUUCCUGCUGUCUAGCUGCAGACCCAUUCUUUGAGACCCUGGAUUCUAACAAGUUUCCAGAACUAAGAAGACAUCCAGAUGUCAAGGUUUAAAGGUUUGUGGAUACCCCAAGACUGGACUUCAUGGAGAAAUCUUCCCUGAUUACCAACCUGAACCUUGGAGCAGCUGCAGUCUCUCCAUGGACAGAAUGAGAGGCUCUCUGUAACAGACAUAACUGGCCAUCAUGGGGAAACUGAUCAAGAUGGGGGUGCAGGAGAAGCGGUUACUCUGGCCAAGGCAGCUUCAUUGGAGUCGCCUCCUGUUCCUAUUGGGAAUGUUGAUCAUCGGUUCUACCUACCAAUACCUGAGGAGACCUUGGGGCCUCCCCUCACUGUGGGCAGAAGUCUCUUCCCAACAGCCUAUAAAACUGGCCAGCCGUAACCUCCCCAAUGAUGUGAUGACGAUAGUGAGCACUGACCCUCCCAAAGCUAGCUCUGAAAUGGAGGCUGAGAUGGUGGCACCCCAAGCCACCUUGGACAGGAAUCAAGUAACACUUAGAAUGACAAUGGAGAACACGCCCAGAACACCCAGAAGAAUUGCCAAGAUCACUCCACCAACACCAAAGAAUAAUCACAGCCCAAUAGCAGCAAGUACAGAAAGAAUGAAGGAAAAUACCCCAACCACACCAAGUAGAGUACUGAAUCACUACAGCCCAAUUUCAAGCAGACAAACAGUAAAACAUUAUAGCCCAUCAUCCAGGGGAGAAAUGAAGAGCUACAACCGAAUUCAAGCCAGAGGUAAGGUGAAGAAGACCCCAACCCCUCCUGGGGAAACUAUAGACACUAAUGCACCAUCCACAUUCAUGACAAGGGAAACACGUCAUGCGAUCACCCCCAGGACAAGAGUGAAAGACAAUGAAACCAUGGCAACCUAUGAAAUAUUGGAGACCAGCUCUCCCAAGAGGAUACUGGAAGAAACCUCCUCAGCUACCCUUAAGAGAAUAAUUAAAAACACCCCACCUUUCCCGACCGAGAUAGAAACAAACAUCUUGACAUCUCCAAGGAGAAUAGCAGAAAAGAACACCAUGACUAACUCCAAAAGAGUGGGAAAUAACAGCUCAUCCAAUCCCUGGAGGUUAGUGGGGAAGAACAACCAGACAACUCUUCAGGGAGCAGACCUGGAGCACACUUCAGCUGUGUCUGAGAGGCAAGUGACAAGAAGUACCGCGAUGGGUGGCAGCCCAGCAAAAAACGAAGCCUCUAUUGCUAUCCGGAGUGUUAGGAAUCCCUUGCCCAGAACCAGUGCAUCCUCCAUCAGGACAGCCUCAGCCACCAUCCAGGAGCUGGCAAAGAAACCUUCCACAGCACCCAGGACCUCUGUAACCCCCCAAGUCAGGGCAAAUCCCACUAUCCAGAUCCGUCACUGUGUGGUUGUAGAACCAGCCCCAGCCACGCCCACCAGCCCAUCUCCAAGCCUGACAACCUCCCUCUUCCCAGAGGUGCCCGGUCCCAGCCCCACAGCAAUGCUUCCCAGUUGGCCAGACCAUCCCCAGGGAGAGUACCCCCGGGACCUGUUCAGCGUGGAGGAACGGCAGCAGGGCUGGGUGAUCCUGCAUAUCUUUGGCAUGUUGUACCUGUUUGUGGCCUUGGCCAUCGUGUGUGAUGAGUUUUUUGUCCCAGCCCUGAGUAUCAUCACAGAGAAGCUGCAGAUCUCUGAGGAUGUGGCAGGUGCUACUUUCAUGGCUGCUGGAGGCUCUGCCCCUGAGCUCUUCACCUCCCUCAUUGGCGUCUUCAUAUCCCACAGCAAUGUGGGUAUUGGUACCAUUGUGGGCUCUGCUGUGUUCAACAUCCUCUUUGUCAUUGGCACCUGCUCCCUCUUCUCCCGGGAGGUCCUCCACCUCACCUGGUGGCCAUUGUUCCGGGAUAUCUCCUUUUACAUCCUCGACUUGUCACUGCUCAUCCUCUUCUUCCUGGACAGCCUCAUCGCCUGGUGGGAGAGUCUGCUGCUGCUGCUAGCCUAUGCCCUCUACGUGUUCACUAUGAAGUGGAACAAACACAUAGAGGUCUUUGUGAAAGAGCAGCUCAGAAAAAGACCAGUGGCCAAGGUCAUGACUCUAGGGAAUUGCAGCAAGGAAGGUGCUGCUGGAGCCGAGAACACAGGUGAAAUGACAGGUGAAGAGGGUAAAGCUCCUGGUGAACAAGGAACUAAGAAAAGUGGAGGUGAAACUGAAACAGAAGAAAAAGAAGAUGAACUCAAAGGUGGAGGUGAAAACCAAGCAGAAGAUGGUGACAUGAAAGGUGACAAAGGUGAAACUGGAGCCCAGGAAGUCAAUGCUGAAAAUCAAGAUGAAGCCCAAAAUGAGAAAGGUGCAGAUGAUGAAGGGGGAAGUGACGGAGGGGAUAGUGAAGAGGAGGAGGAGGAUGAGGAGGAGGAGGAAGAGGAGGAAGAGGAGGAGGAAAAGGAGGAGCCUCUGUCCCUGGACUGGCCUGAGACCAGGCAGAAGCAGGCCAUUUACCUCUUCCUCCUGCCCAUCGUGCUCCCACUGUGGCUGACGGUGCCUGAUGUCCGAAGGCAGGAGUCUAAAAAGUUUUUUGUUAUCACCUUCCUGGGAUCCAUCAUUUGGAUAGCCAUGUUCUCCUACCUCAUGGUGUGGUGGGCUCACCAGGUUGGCGAAACAAUAGGGAUUUCUGAAGAGAUCAUGGGUUUGACAAUCCUGGCAGCUGGCACGUCAAUUCCUGACCUCAUCACCAGUGUGAUUGUUGCUCGGAAAGGCCUGGGAGACAUGGCUGUAUCCAGCUCUGUGGGUAGUAACAUAUUUGAUAUCACUGUCGGCUUGCCUGUUCCUUGGCUGCUUUUCUGUCUUAUCAAUGGAUUGCAGCCUGUGCCAGUCAGCAGCAAUGGCUUGUUUUGUGCAAUUGUUUUGCUUUUUCUCAUGCUCCUGUUUGUGAUCUCUUCCAUUGCAUUAUGCAAAUGGAGAAUGAACAAGAUCCUGGGCUUCACAAUGUUCCUUCUUUACUUUGUAUUCCUGAUAAUCAGUGUGAUGUUAGAGGAUCGAAUCAUAUCCUGUCCUGUAUCUAUCUGAGUCAGUCACUGUAUUCACAAUGGACAUAGAUAAGAUUGUGCCAGAAGUUGUUGUACCUCUUGUUAUAUUAAUAAAAGAAUGAACAUGAUGGAGGAGAGUGAACUGAAUAGUCCGGAGUCUCUGAUGGGAAUGUGAUUUGGGACUGAGCCUUAUCCUUGAAGCUCAUUGUGGGUCAAGAACCUCACCUCUGGAGGAGUGGAGUUCCCACCUCUUUCUCAGGAAGACUUAUCUCCUGUGGAGGCUGCAGAAGGAAUCCUGAAGCCAGAAUGUCUUCUAAAUUAAAGAACUGGGGACUGGGGUUGAGACAUGCGCAGCAGAAAUAAGAAAAGGUCCCUUGUUCAUAGUUCCCUGAUCAUUCCUGAAGAGCCACGGGUCUAAAGAUGUAGAUGCGGGUCUACACCUCACUCUCUUGGCUCUGCUCCAAGCACACACUACAGUUUGCUACGUGCCCUUUUUCUGUUCAGACGCGAAGUUUUAUCAGGCUUGUAGUUAUUAUAUGUUCAGUUACUGAGUUUAAGGAGUUAAGGCUAUGGGGAAAAAUAAUAGAAAUCAAAUCUCAUUCUACAUCAUAGUCCAGUAAAAUGUACACCAGCAUUUUCUAGCUUUAAAAGAAAGCAUUAGUUUUUAUUGUUACAUUUCUGAAAAGCGAAAUUACAACAGGAAGCAGCCUGAGAAAUGAAAAUUUAUAAUUUGCUCUUGAAUUGGGAGGAGUGGAGAUUAGAGAAGGAAAACUACUUUAAGGGCUAUUUAAAAAUAUGUUCUUGUUAGAAAACCCAAAUUUGAAUUAUCUCUAUCAGUAGUCACUUUGAGGGGUUGAUACUCAGCUGCCCUGGUUCUGUCCCUCCAGCAUGUUUUACAGUGGCAAUGGUCACUAGUGAAUGAAAAGGGAUGUAAUAUUUUUUUGUGUACGUGGGGGGGGGCAGGUACCGGGGAUUGAAUACAGGGGCACUUUUCCACUGAGUCACAUCCCCAGCUCCUUUUUGUAUUUUAU